AUUGUUUUGAUAGGACGGCGAAGGAGCCAUCUUGUUUUAUAUUCGUCCUAAACUCGUGUACCGAACUAGAAGAAACAGCCGUGGCGUAUGACACUAUAUCUCGACCCUAGCGAACUGAAUUAAACAUCUGAGUAUCAAACAUACUUAUCAUCGACGGAAUAUACACGCCACCCAAAACAGUGCGCAGUUGGAUUUAUUUUUCAACAUUGAGGCUGGUGCAAUAAGUGCAUUUUCUCUGUGCACAUUUUCUCCGGUGUAAGCUACUAUGAAUGGAGGAUAAAUGUUGCCGAAGGCUGACAGCGGUGGUUUUGUGCUUCUCCUUUUUUUCCUGACAUUAACAGGUCCACGGCUUGCUCUGGCCAGACUGUUGUCAGAGCUGCGCUGCAGUCCGGGCCAGUUUGCGUGCCGGAGUGGAAAAAUGCAGUGCAUCCCUUUGUCCUGGCAGUGUGAUGGUUGGACGGCCUGUGAGGACAAAAGCGAUGAGAUUGAUUGCCCUACUACUAAAGAGGAGAGGUAUCGUUACAGCAACAGUUUUGAGCCAGUGGAGGAUGUUAUGGGUGUCGCUCAACCAGUGCGCUUCAACAAGAAGUGUCCGAGCGGCUGGCACCAUUAUGAAAAAACAGCGAGCUGUUAUAAAGUCUACCUGAGGAGCGAAAACUAUUGGCAGGCGGUGGAAACCUGCCAGAAAGUCAACGGCUCGCUCGCUACGUUCGGCACCAACGAGGAGCUGCAGUUCGUCCUCAAGAUCGAGGUGGAUUUUGACGAGAAAGUGUGCGAGCGCAAAGACCAGUGCAAGUUCUGGGUGGGAUAUCAGUAUGUGAUUACUAGCCAGAAUCAUUCUCUGGAAGGCCGUUGGGAAGUGGCAUACAAAGGAUCCAUGCAGGUGUUUCUGCCUCCGGAGGGGCUGGUUAACUUCAGCGAGGCAAAUCCUACCCAGGGCAACGUGUUCUGUGCUCAGCUGCAACGCUUUCAGAUCAAGAGCAUGAACGAACGAGGCUUGCACAGCUGGCACACUGAAAACUGCUACAAAAAAUUCCCUUUCCUCUGCAAAAGAAGACAAACAUGUGUAGACAUCAAAGACAACGUGGUGAAUGAAGGCUAUUAUUUCACACCUAAAGGGGACGACCCUUGUCUGAGCUGCACGUGCCAUGACGGCGAGCCAGAGAUGUGUGUGGCUGCCCUGUGUGAACGCCCGCAGGGUUGCCAGCAUUUCCGCAAGGACCCCAAAGAGUGCUGCAAGUUCACCUGCUUGGAUCCUGGACAAACAUGUGUAGACAUCAGAGACAACGUGGUGAAUGAAGGCUAUUAUUUCACACCUAAAGGGGACGACCCUUGUCUGAGCUGCACGUGCCAUGACGGCGAGCCAGAGAUGUGUGUGGCUGCCCUGUGUGAACGCCCGCAGGGUUGCCAGCAUUUCCGCAAGGACCCCAAAGAGUGCUGCAAGUUCACCUGCUUAGAUCCUGAUGGCAGCAGUUUGUUUGACUCUAUGGCCAGUGGCAUGCGUCUCAUCGUGAGCUGCAUUUCGUCCUUCCUCAUCCUCUCUCUGUUGCUUUUCAUGGUGCACAGACUGAGGCAGCGGCGGAGAGAACGCAUCGAAACCCUCAUCGGAGGCAACUUGCAUCAUUUUAAUCUGGGUCGAAGGGUACCUGGCUUUGACUAUGGUCCAGAUGCGUUUGGAACAGGCCUGACUCCUCUGCACCUCUCUGAUGACGGUGAGGAGGGAGCGUUUCACUUCCAGGAGCCGCCGCCCCCUUAUGCUGCUUACAAAUAUCCUAAUAUCCACCACCCUGAGGAUCCUCCACCUCCCUAUGAGGCCUCCAUCAACCAAGACAGCAUCAUUUAUAUGGACCUUGGGCGGGCCGGGGUUCCUCUGGCGACCAGGCAUGCGAGCACCACGGCUGACUCUCUCCAGAGGGAUUUUUUAGAGCAGACGCCCAACCAACCUCCGCCCCUGGAAGAGCGCGAGGACUCCAUCGACAGCAGCACCCUACUGGUGUCUCCAGACACUCCCAGCGAAUCAGAGAACAGUAUCAUACAGAGCUUCUCCACAGACUGCAGCAGUGGUCCAUCGCUGAGCACUGUAGUAUAGAAAAGGAGAAAUACGGAGAUCAGAAAGCCUUACAUGCUGAGACUGAUCGCUUUUCUAGGAAUGAAGGCAUUAGAGGCUGUAGGACUCAAGAAAACUCCGGCAGUUCAGAGUGAAUACUUAAACCACUAAGGAGGACUAUUUUGAGCUUGUUUUCGUUGGGUAACCCUCUGGUUUUUCAGCGUGAGCAUCACUUUGUGCAAAUACUUGCUUCAGUCCUUAAAGGGAUAGGUCACCUAAAAAGACAUUUCUGUUAUCAUUUAUUCACCUUCGUGUCAUUUGAAACCAUAUGACUUUUUGUUAUGUGGAGCACAAAAUUAUUUAUUUAUAGCAAAAUGUGCAAGCUGAUCUUGUCCAUAAAAAGUGAAUGGUGACUUUUGCUGUAAGGAAAAAUUUAGAGUGAAUAAUUACUUAAAUUUCGGUCUGUUUCUCGCACAAAGCUGUCGUAUGGCUUAAGUUGACUUUGAAUACAGUAUAAGUGAAGUAGUCCUUUGAACUACUUUUCAUGAUACUUUUAUUGUCCUUUUUGAAGCUCGACAACCUCUGGUCACCAUCCACUUUUAUUGUAUGGAAAAGAGCAGCAAGAACAUUUUGCUUAAUUUCUUCUUUUGUGCUCCACAAAAGAAAGUAAGUCAUAUGGGUUUGGAAUGACAAAAUGUUCAUUUUGUGGUGAGCUAUUCCUUUAGCUUGAUAUAAGCUUUCUCUGAUACACAUUGGGGAGGGGAAAUAGACCACCCCUCUCUCUCUGAGAUUUACACUGGCAUGUGUCAAUCACCUCACUUUGAGUGAAUGAACCGCUUGAUGAAAAGACGUUAAGGCCUCAGUGAUUUAAUGAAUAAGACCUGACAUUCUCUCAAUGGAAUUGUGCACACUGACUGUUUUCCUGGCACGAACAAGCAAUUUUACCUUGACUUGAUACUGCUCUGUCCAAACUGACCCCUCCAAACCCUUUCACAGGCUAUUUUGGGUGGUCUUCCCCUGGCCUCCUGUAUUCCUAACUCCUGCCCUGUCCGUAUGUCCUAGAGAUGCAUAAAGGGCCGUUCACACAUACAGGAAUUUGCAGCAACAAAGUGACAGGAAGUUAUAUGAUUUCCAGCGUGAUGAGUGACAGACCGUUGCCGAUGCAACAAAGCUGAAUGGAACUCAACUUUAUACAAAUUAGCAGCAACACAUUGCGGCGACUACCAAUGGGAGUGCAGACAGUGAUCUGCUGCUGGAUACAUUUGGAUACUAGAAACCAACAGCACAAAGACUUGGCAACCUCCAGUGAUUUAACCGCUGUUAGUGUGAGAUGCCUCUUAAGGGAUGGAUCCAUUUGGAUGCGAGCAGUACCGUGUAUUUAUCUGAAUUUUUGAGAUGUCUGCUUUUUACAUUUUUGGCUGUUGGAUCAGUAGCAUAAACUUAAAAAAAGAAAAACAUUCUUGGAUUUUGUUGACGUUGCAUUUGAUUGAGGUACGAAUUUGUUUUAGUCUGCAUUCUGCUACAACUUCUAUAUAUCCUGCUGUGACGUUGCAAUGCAAAUUCAUUGCGUAAUUUUUGGAAUGUCACUGUUAAAUUUGAAGCAUUUGCGAUUCUUUUGGGAGGUGUACUUGUAUGAAACUCUGUCUUUGGUGUAUUGUCCCAGUGAUUGAUGUUGCAUUUGCUCACAUCAAAAAAGGGUGGAUCUCACCAAAUCUGUCAAGAAAUGCCCGGUUCAUAUUUUAGCCCCAAAUAAAAAUAUUUAGCAUAAAGUUAAUAAAGCCGAUUUUUAGAACCAUUAAAGUUUGUUGCAUUGUGACAUUAUUACCAUGACAAUUAAGAAAACAAUUAAGAGCAUGGUGCUAGCAAUGUCAAAGUCUCCAGUUCAGUUUCCAGGGAACACGCAUACUGAUCAAAUGUAUACCUUAAAUGCACUUUAAGGGGAUGUCCAGACAAGAAGCGUGCUUGUGCAAAAAAAAGGACGACGCAGAACAAAGUGCAUUUACUAGUGCAUUUACAUAGAAAAACCAUUGAAAAUCUGCGCGGACGGAUGCAAAAACGUUUUUGGUGUGAAAGGCCCUUAAGCCAUUUUGGAUUAAAGUGUCUGCCAAAUGUGUAAUAAUUAUAAUAAAUAGUGUGCUGAUGGGACCGUUUUAAUUUCUGUAUAACAGAAAUGAGAAUGAAAUGUGUUUUUAUAUAAUUGUAUUGAUACAUUUGGGGGAAAUGUGCGUAAUUAUCAUAAAAAUGGUGUCAUAAUGCAAAAACUGUAAUUGUCCUAAAAACAGGCUGCAUUUUCUUUAAGCAAAAUGUAAUUUUCUUUUUUUAUUUUAUUUUUUUUUAUAUUGAUUUUGGAAAGAAAUAUGACCUGGGAGUUUCUCUGAGAUUUUCCCAAAAAGUCAGACACUACUUUUAUUUACUUUUUUGGAAUUCAUAAUGUAACAGCUCAGUUAAAAAAAUAUUAUGAUGAUUUACAUUAUCCACACAUUUUUGCCUCUCAAUCUCAAAAAGGUGUUCUGAAGCAAAUCAUGGUGUUUGAAAAGUAUAUUUCUUCUUGUUGCGAUUUGAGUUUUUAGGAUUUAAGAGUUUAGUUUUGGCAACGAUGAAUUACAAGGUUUGCAUUUAUGGUUGGUCUUUUGGUGUGAUGUGUGUGGAUGUUCCCUUUUUUUUUUUUUUUUUUUUUUU